AUUCCUCCCCUCCCCAGGAGCCGGAGCAGAGCACGCACGCCCACGGGAUCCCGGCCCCCCCAUUUCUCGCCCCACGCCGAUUUCUUCCGCCGGGAGACAGGCCGACCCGAGCCGGCGCCGGCGGCGAGAUCCAUGGGCUCCGUGGCGGCGGACGCGCCGGCGGCGACGGAGACGGUGUUCCGGUCCAGGCUGCCGGACAUCGAGAUCCCGGCGCACCUCACGCUCCAGGACUACUGCUUCGAGCGGCUGCCGGAGGUGGCCGCCCGGCCCUGCCUCAUCGACGGGCAGACGGGCGCCGUGCACACCUACGCGGAGGUGUCAGAGCUCUCCCGCCGCUGCGCGGCGGGGCUGCGGCGGCUCGGCGUGGGGAAGGGCGACGUGGUCAUGAACCUGCUCCGCAACUGCCCGGAGUUCGCCUUCGUGUUCCUCGGCGCGGCCCGGCUGGGCGCCGCCACCACCACCGCCAACCCGUUCUGCACGCCGCACGAGAUCCACCGCCAGGCGAGCGCGGCCGGGGCGCGGCUGAUCGUCACCGAGGCCUGCGCCGUCGACAAGGUGCGCGCCUUCGCCGCCGAGCGCGGGAUCCCCGUGGUCACCGUCGACGGGCCGGCCUCCGACGACGGCGGCUGCCUCGCGUUCGACGAGGCCCUGCUGCCCGCGGAGCCGCUCGCCGCCGACGAGCAGGUCGACCCCGACGACGUGGUGGCCCUCCCCUACUCGUCCGGCACCACGGGGCUGCCCAAGGGCGUCAUGCUCACCCACCGCAGCCUCGUCACCAGCGUCGCGCAGCAGGUGGACGGGGAGAACCCGAACUUGUAUUUCGGCCCGAAUGACGUGCUGCUGUGCGUGCUGCCGCUGUUCCACAUCUACUCGCUCAACUCGGUGCUGCUGGCGGGGCUGCGCGCCGGGUGCGCGAUCGUGAUCAUGCGCAAGUUCGACCACGGCGCGCUGGUGCGCCUGGUGCGCGCGCACGCGGUCACCGUGGCGCCCUUCGUGCCGCCCAUCGUCGUCGAGAUCGCCAAGAGCGACCGGGUGACGGCCGCCGACCUCGCGUCCAUCCGCAUGGUCAUGUCCGGCGCGGCCCCCAUGGGCAAGGACCUCCAGGACGCCUUCAUGGCCAAGAUCCCCAACGCCGUGCUCGGGCAGGGGUACGGGAUGACGGAGGCCGGGCCGGUGCUGUCCAUGUGCCUGGCGUUCGCCAAGGAGCCGUUCGGGGUCAAGUCGGGGUCGUGCGGCACGGUGGUGCGGAACGCGGAGCUCAAGAUCGUGGACCCCGACACCGGCGCCUCCCUCGGCCGCAACCUGCCGGGGGAGAUCUGCAUCCGCGGCAACCAGAUCAUGAAAGGUUACCUAAAUGACCCAGAGUCCACAAAGAACACCAUUGACAAGGACGGUUGGCUGCAUACUGGAGACAUUGGCUAUGUCGAUGAUGACGACGAGAUCUUCAUUGUCGACAGGCUCAAGGAGAUAAUCAAAUACAAGGGAUUCCAAGUACCUCCUGCGGAACUCGAAGCCCUUCUCAUCACACACGCCGAAAUCAAAGAUGCUGCUGUCGUAUCGAUGCAAGAUGAACUUACUGGUGAAGUUCCAGUUGCAUUCAUUGUGCGGAUUGAAGGCUCUGAGAUCAGCGAGAGCGAGAUCAAGCAGUUCGUUGCAAAAGAGGUCGUUUUCUACAAGAGGAUCCACAAAGUUUUCUUCGCUGACUCGGUUCCGAAGAGUCCUGCUGGCAAGAUCCUCAGGAAGGACCUGAGAGCAAAGCUUGCUGCAGGCAUCCCAGGCAGUGAAAGCACACAGUCCAAAAGCUGAGUCCCAUCUUACACACACACACACACACACACACACACACACACACACACACACACCUCUGUCCAAAAUCAUGUAAUGUUCUCAAUGAAAUGGCAUUAUUAUUAUUAUUAUUAUUAUUAUUAUUAUUAUUAUUAUUAUUAUUAUUAUUA